AUGCCACCACCAUGCCACCACCCAUGCCACCACCCAUGCCACCACCCAUGCAUACCACCCAUGCCACCACCCAUGCCACCACCCAUGCCACCACCCAUGCCACCACCCAUGCCACCACCCAUGCCACCACCCAUGCCACCACCCAUGCCACCACCCAUGCCACCACCCAUGCCACCACCCAUGCCACCACCCAUGCAACCCAUCCUCACCACUUGUCCCAUGCCUACAUGCCUUCCCCGCACUGCAUACCUCUCUUCUCCACUUAUUCUCUUCCCCCGCUCCCUUUCCCUCUCCUUAUCCCUCUCUCCCCACCCACCUGCAGGUGGUGGGGAAGGCGGAGUGACUUUCUUUGACUCACGAACGCACAAGGCCGUGACUCACCUGUCACACAGCCCAUGCCACCUCAGACCAUGGUGCUUCCAUCCCACCCACACAUCGCAUUCCCACCUCACGUGCGUCUGCGCUCCCUCCCACUCUCUCUCCACCUAUCCGCCUGCAGGCGGGGGGGAUGGCGGCGUGGCACUGUUUGAUUCGCGCAUGCACAAGGCAGUGACUCGCCUGUCCGUAGGGGAUAACUGUGAGGUGACGCCAGCAGUGUUCAGCCCCUGUGGUCGAUGGCUCAUACCACCUGCUCAUCCAACAGCUGCCUCCGCUUCUCUUCUCACUCUCCACCUGCCCCAUACCCCACUGCUCCAUCCAUUAACCUAUGCACCCAUACCCCUCUCCACUCCUCCCCAUCCAAACCCUCAGGUGACGUCAGCAGCAUUCAGCCCCUGUGGUCGUGCAGCACUCCGUGCAGCAUGCAGGGUGAGUGAGUGUGGUGCGGUGCGGUGUGUAUGUGUGAUGGGGCAUGGUACUACUGACCCCACGUCCACGGCCCUCCCGUGCCAUCACCGCAGCACUCAGUGCACGUGCGGGGUGAGAAAGGGAAAAGGGGAGGGAGGGGAGGGUAUCACUGCAUGGGGUUUGAGGUGGGGUGAGUGCAUGAUUUUGACGCAAUGGCGCCUCUCCCACGGCCCUCCCAUGCCGUCGGUGCAGCACUCCAUGCAGCAUGCGGGCUUUGUGGAUUGUGGGGACGAGGGGGUGAACGACGCCCGAUGGCUCUCUGCCUCACCCGGCCUCGUGACUGCCAGUGGCAACGGCAGCUUGCAGCUCUUCCCUUCUUCCUCCGCCCUCCCUUCUUCCUCCACCCUCCCUUCUUCCUCCGCCUUCCCUUCUUCCUCCGCCCUCCCUUCUUCCCCCCCUCCCAUGGCAGUGUGGCUCUCUAAGGCAUUCAUUUUCUCCCCUCUCUUUUCUCCAUGGCAGGUGGCCGUGGCACCUGAUGGUGCCUGCAUUGCCUCUGAGACUGCUGAAAUGGAUUUUGCUUUGCUCCUCUUUCUCCCUGCAUGGCAGGUGGCCGUGGCACCCGACGAUGCCUGCAUUGCGACCGGGGGUCCUCCAUCUCUCUCCAUCAACUGCCUCUCCAGCCUCAGCUCGAUGGAAGCUCACACAUCCCCUUGCCUUGUAGCCUUGCUGCCAGCUUGUUGGAGUUGA